AUGACCAGCUCUCUAGCAAUCUCGCUAAGUCUUCGAACCCUCCAGCUAGCAUGCACCAUCAUAAACUUCGCUGUUAGCAUCGCCAUAUCGAUCAAGGCUCCACAGGUGCCGGCAAAAGUCUCGGGCGUGGUGGCCAUUUCGUGCAUUUCUCUAGUGUACCUCGCAUUGGUGUUGAUUCCUCCUUGGCUCAAGUACGUGCCCACCAUGGUUAUUGUCGUUGGUGAAGUCGUGCUACUUGCAUUGUGGAUCCUAGCAUUUGUGUACAUGACCCAGGAGUUCGUGACAUUUGGGGGAUGUCCUGCAUUCCAAGGUGCCUCAAGUGAUAUUCGACCAUCGUUGUGCAGCAUGGGGAGUACGUUGACGGCGUUCACCUUUUUCAGCUGGUUGAUAGCAGUGGUCACCGUGGGGUUUAUAAUUACAUAUACACUCAUCCCUGUGGGUCUGAAAGUUGGUUCCGACCAUUUAUUUGGAAAUAAGAGCAACGACUUCACUGUGGGUGCAUUAUAC